GUGGCCGAAGAAGAAGAAGAGUGUAUGAAACAGCCUCAUCGCUUCCUUCUCUGUUCUCUGCCCCGAAACUCAACCCGAUUUGUUUGCUGGAUCUUCAGGAAAAUGGGUACGCUGCUUCGUGAUUCUAAAUUAACAUACUCUCUUCUUUUCAUAUCCAAAACUUCUUCUUCUUAUUGUUAUUAUUCUACUCUUACUACUGCUACUACUUCUAUUACUAGAAGAAAAAACCCACAUCAGAAACAGAAUCAAAAUCAAUUCUUGCAAUCUGUUAGAGAUAAGUGCAAGUCUGGAAGCUUAAGAAAUGUUGAUCAUGCCUUAGACCUGUUUGAUACAAUGCUUCACAUGCACCCUUUGCCUUCCAUUGUCGAUUUUACUCUAUUUUUGGGUGCGGUUGCAAGAAUGAAGCAUUACUCUCUACCCUUUUCUCUAAUUAAACGAAUGGAAUCAUUCGGAAUCUCGCCCGAUGUUUAUACUCUCAAUGUUUUGAUUAACUGCUUCUGCAAUUUGAACCGGAUGGAUUUCGGGUUCUCUGUCUUGGUAACAAUUUUGAAACUUGGUUACCACCCAAACUCUGUUACUCUAAACACUCUUGUCAAGGGGCUGUGUCUUCAAGGUAACAUGGCUGGAGCUGUGAGGUUGGUUGCAGAUAUGGAGAAGAACGGGUAUCAACCUAAUGAAAUUACUUGUGGGACGAUACUAAAUGGUCUGUGUAAGAUUGGUGAGACUGAUAUGGCUGUUAGGUUGCUCAGGAAGAUAGAAGAAAAGUAUUUUAAACCCCAUGUAGUGUUCUAUAACACAAUUAUUAACAGUUUAUGCAAGGAUAGAUUGGUAACUGAGGCUUUGAACCUUUUGCCUGAAAUGAGGAGCAAAGGUAUUCAACCGAAUGUUGUCACUUACACGUGCUUAAUUCAAGGCCUGUGCAAUUUCGGCCGAUGGAGGGAGGCUAAUACUUUGUUGAAUGAGAUGUCACAAAGGAAGGUCAUGCCAAAUUUGCAAACCUUUAGCAUAUAGGUGGACACACUCUGCAAGGAAGGG